CAAAUGGCAGCAGGCAGCAGCUCAAGUCUAUAAAAGCCCAAUGGCCUGACACCCUUUCAGACACAACAGAGUAGCACACCACGACCUCCAAGGCUAGAAGCCCCAGCGUUCCAUCUCCUCACACACAGACUCGCAGGCUAAGAUAGAGCUGGCAGCAAUGGCGGGCGGCGGCGACCUGAAGGUGCUGGGCGUGUGGACGAGCCCGUUCGUGAUCCGCGUCCGCAUCGUGCUCAACCUCAAGGGCCUGGCGUACGAGUACGCCGAGGAGGACCUCGGCAACAAGAGCGCACUCCUCCUCGGGUCCAACCCGGUGAACAAGACCGUCCCCGUGCUCCUCCACGGCGGCCGCCCCGUGAACGAGUCCCAGGUCAUCAUCCAGUACAUCGACGAGGUCUGGGCCGGGUCCGGCCCCGCCGUGCUGCCGCUCGACCCCUACGAGCGCGCGGUGGCGCGGUUCUGGGCGGCCUACGUCGACGACAAGGUGGGGUCGGCAUGGACGGGGAUGCUGUUCCGGUGCCGCAACGAGGAGGAGAGGGCGGAGGCGGUGGCGCGCGCCGACGAGGCGCUCCUGACGCUGGAGAGCGCGCUCGGGGAGCGCUCCGGGGGGAAGAAGCCCUUCUUCGGCGGCGACGGCAUCGGGCUCGUCGACGUCGUGCUCGGCGGCUACCUCGGGUGGUUCGCGGCCAUCGACAGGAUCAUCGGGCGCAGGCUGAUCGACCCGGCCAGGACGCCGCUGCUGGCAGCGUGGGAGCAGCGGUUCCGCGCCGCCGACGCGGCCAGGGGCGUCGUGCCGGACGACGUCGACAAGGUGCUCGCGUUCCUGCAGACCCUGCUCGCCAUUGGAUCGAAUAAGUGAGCUCGGCCCGUCGUCUGUCGUCAGUCCGGGGACAGUCGGUUCCUGCACCUUUUUUUUUGGCUCAAUAUAAAUAAAUUGUAUGUGCUCGACGAAUGCACAACAGUACUUUUGUUGUAACGAGGGCGGUCUGUCUAUGCUGCUCGUAAUUUGCAUGUUUUUUUUCUCAACAAACCGUGUUCUAAUCAAAUGUACAACAGUACUAGGGAUGUAACAAGUGAUGUUUAUGUUUUU